UGGCAUUGGCCUUCAAACUUUCUCCGCUGAAAUUUUUUGAGCAACAAUUUUGUAUUUUUACUUCCCAAAGAAAAAAGAUGGAUAUAGCAAAAUUUGUUGCAUCACAUGAGAUCUGGUCCCCUAAAAAAUAUGAAGAAGGGAACUAUAAGGAUCUGAAUUUCGUCACAGUUUUGAACAAUAUCUCCUUGUUCUUGGAAUCUGACCCUGAGUUUGUCAAGAAUCUUGGCAAAUACGGGACCGAGGUGCUGCUUCCAAAAUUAAAGAAAUAUAGCGCAUUCGCCCCCCUGAGUGUAGCAUGUAUCCCCUUCACUGAAAUAUUGACCCCUUCAAUUUAUUUUGUUGUCACCCUGGAAGAAAUACCAUCAUAUCAAGAAGUUUUAUCCGAGUGGGAAAAAAUAUUUAACGAGCAUCGAAAAGAAUUUGGGGAAUUUUCCCAAUUAGUCAAAACCCGAAAUUCCAUUCGUGUCUGGGAUGACACGUGCAAAGCUGAAAUACAACUUAUUCCCAACCUACUCCACGUGGGAGAAAGCAGUAAGGAAUUUGUCAAGAGAAACGACAACUCGGAAAAUUCCGUGUAUAUCAUCAACGCUCUUUAUGAGCCCCACGCGAAAUUUUUAGCACAACAGACACCAUUCGUAAGAAAGUCCCUCCGCCUCUGCACUCUCUGGUAUCGAAACAUGUACCUCGGCCCCCACGAAAUUCCUGGGCUCACCAUUCUCCUCGACCUAAUCGCCGUCGCUGCCGGGAUAGAAGCCGAAUCAGACAACAUUGUCAACGCCAUCUUCCGAUUUCUCCAAGGUCUCGAAAACAUAGACGAAAUGCGGCUCUCUUUCGAGAAAAAGGAACCCAACCGCUGGACCACCGUUGGUGAGGACAGGUCAGAAUGCGUCAUUGGCAUAAAUCACACCCCCUACCGAAAAAACUUCCCUUUCGAAACCAGUAAAAUUUUCCCACCUUCUAACCCACACUACAAUUUAACGCGGAUUUUAGUCUCCUAUGAAAAUGAAGUCUACACCUUAAAGAAAUUCACGGCCGAAUCAAUCGGCCGGUUUAUGUUUGUCGCUCAAACGGAUCCCAUUAAUUCGUACCGAUUUUCUUUCCCAUUUUCCCCCCUCCCGAGAGACCUGUAUUCCCACGCGUUUCCGGAAGAUGGUAUCAAAAACCCUAAGAUUUGGUUAACCUUAACGGUCCCCUCAUUAAACAAUCAUCCAAAAUUGGAAGUGCGAAAUUUCAAGAAUGAGCGUUCCCUGGAAAUUUUGCAUGCCACCAAAUUUUGGAUUUAUGCCGGUACAAGCGCCAUCGUCUCGGCGAAUGCGGCCCUUGGCGUCAAGGUGAAUAUGAAGGAUCUCGUAAAAGAUGUGUUCGACAGGAUUGAACGAGAUUUGGGGGCAGACGUGAAAAUUGUGGAAGUUAAGGAGGAAAAAAAUAUUGCGGAUUACGAUGCAUCGUUCAAUAUUCCGUUAAAUGGAAUUGUGGAACUUAACGUGAAAGUAUCGCUUGGGGAAGAAAACACGGUGGAUAAGCUGGCGGAGAAUAUGACCAAGAUGUUUUUCCAAGAGGAGAAAAAAGUACGCACAAUUGGAUUUGCGUUUGGAACGUCAAGAUUUGCCGAGCCUUUGGAGUAAUGACGCUUGUCUAUGUAGGAUAUGUGCAUGUUUCGUGACCUGAAUAAAAUUAAUUUACAUGUUCCGACCUGAAAACUUUGUUAAUUUUCAAAUUGAUGUACAGUUUAUUUAAAACUCUGAAAGUUUGCACCCUCGUGCCAAAUAUGUAUGAAUGUUUACCUGUGAAUCGCUAAAUGUACAUGUUAUAUAUAUUUAUACAAGGUGGUUUAAAUAUUCCGCUACAAUGAAGAAUUUUUAAUGGGAAAUAUUCGAAAAUUUCCAUUAGUUACCGGUUUAAAUUUUGCCUGUGGGGUUCAACAUCUUAAGAAUUUUGUCAUCAGUGUUCCAUCAGUUUUAAAUAAUUAAUAAAAAUCUCAAUCCCAAAGCUUGUUACUAAUGGAGAUUUAGAGGCUUUUCCCAUUGAAAAAUUUUCGGUUGUACCGAGACAUUUAAACCACCCUGGCACCCUGCAUGUCGCUUAGUGGAUUAUUUACCAAGGAAUUUGUGGAGACGCGAAAUGAGAUAGAUAGUUUGCUGUUUUUUUCUGAAUUUAAGUAAGAAUUUGACUGUCUUUAAGCGUUGUUGUGGCCGUACAAAUACUCAUUACAUUAUGUACCUGAUAAAAAAUUUGUUACUUCAAAAUUUACUUAUUGUAGGAUUCGCGGUAAAAAUAUGUAUCAGAACUUCAGAAGCCAAAAAAACAGUAGACGACAUUCAUCAGACGGUGCUAUUACUGCUAUUUAUGCAUGUAUCAUCACAAAAUUAUGCAAACAUAAGGUGUAAUUUCGAAAAGUUAAAAACAUCCUGGGUAAAAAAUUGUUUGAACAUAAAUAUGUCACGCUUUUACAUACAUCAAUAAUUAUUAUGAUCGUGGUUCAAAAAUAAAUACAUAUAUCGUCACAGAACCAUCGAUGUACCUGGAUUAUGACUCUUCAUUUACAAAUUGCAAUCGGCUUGCACAUUUGUAUUUACAUUUUAAGAUUACCUAUAUCUAUGUAUGGACCUACUCUUGACUAGGCUUUAAUUUAUGUAUUUGCAUACAAAUCUAUCAAAUAAAGGAAGGAAG